AUGAAGUUGUUCACCUCCUACGUUGCUCUUGCUCUCGCCGCUGGUCGUGUCCUUGCUGCUACGUACCAUAACGCCGACACUUUUCAAGGCAACAGCUUCUUCAGUGGCUUUUCGUUCCAAGCCAUCUCAGAUCCUACCCAUGGGCGUGUGAACUAUGUUUCCGAGUCGACAGCUAGGAGCCAGGGACUGGCCACGGUCAAUGGGAGCAACUUCAUUUUGCGAGCAGACCAUACCACCACCCUGAGUCCAAGUGGGCCUGGACGAAACUCUUUCCGCAUACAGUCCAACAAGGCCUACGGUACACAUGUUACAGUGUUUAACGUGGCUCACAUGCCUCAAGGUUGCGGUACAUGGCCUGCGUUGUGGGAAGUUGGCCCGAAUUGGCCGAACGGAGGCGAGGUCGAUAUCGUCGAGGGAGUAAAUGACCGAGUACCUAACCAGAGCACACUCCAUACCAGCUCCGGUUGUACGAUGCCAUCAUCUCGCGCUGAGACUGGGAGAUCCGUGAGUACGGACUGUAACGCAGCAGUUGCAGGAAAUGCGGGGUGUGGUGUACAGAUCACCGAUGCAAACUCGUAUGGCCCCCCGUUCAACAACAACGGUGGAGGAUUCUAUGCCAUGGAGCGGACUUCUUCCUUCGUCAAAAUCUGGUUUUGGGCAAGACAUGACGGAAGCGUUCCGAGUGAGGUGUCGAGUGGCGCAGGUAGCAUCAACACGGACAGCUGGGGAACUCCAGACGCCUACUUCCCAAACACGCAAUGUAACAUCGCCUCACACUUUUCGGCCUCCAACAUAAUCAUCAAUCUCACGUUCUGUGGAGAUUGGGCUGGAGCCGUCUACGGGAACUCUGGAUGCCCCAGCACCUGUAACGAUUAUGUCAACAAGAACCCGAGCGCUUUCAACAAUGCGUACUUCGAGUUCCCGUGGGUCAAGGUCUACGAGUAGAUCUGAGUACAAUCUUUUCGACAUCGCUCCAGGUCUUUCUAAGGUCUUCUGGUGCAUUUAUGCUGUUUAUCCUUUCGUCUAUUC